AUGUCGGCUGAUCCCACUGCUAACCUGCAGGUCUUGUCACCACCGGGCUCUGGCCGCUCAAGUCCAGCACCGCGGUCGGCGCGCCAUGCAGCCGAAGAGCCUCUGUACAAGAAAGACAAGAACUUCCGACGAUAUGCGGCCGGUGUCGAACGCGCUCUCGCCCUCUGGGACACUGCACAGCAGGAAUGGGCCGACUACAUAUCAUUCUUGGGACGGCUGCUGAAGGCCCUGCAAGCGCAUCCUCCAAACAUACCCGCCAUACCACAUAGCGAUACUGUCGCACUGCGAUUAGCGCAGUGCUUGAAUCCAACACUGCCCUCGGGCGUUCACCAGAAAGCCCUCGAAGUCUAUGACUACAUCUUCUCUACCAUCGGUAAAGAUGCACUCGCCCGUGACCUCAACCUCUACUUCCCCGGCCUUGCUUCAGUCCUCUCCUUCGCCUCGCUCUCGGUCCGCCCCCUCUACCUCUCCGUCUUCGAAAAGCACAUCCUGAAGCUUGGCGGAGCUGCACUUCGCCCGGCCUUGAAAGCAAUCAUACUUUCUCUCCUACCUGGACUAGAAGAUGAGACAAGCGAGGACUUUGAGCGCAUGGUUUCUGCAACCGAGAAGCUGCGGACCGCCGUGCAAGACAAUUCACACGAGACAGCCGAUUCCAAGACGGCCAGUGCCUCGUCCCACUUCUGGCAAUGCCUUUUCCUGGCAACCAUCACGAACCCUUCCAGGAGGCAAGGUGCACUUGCUUUCCUCGUACGUCGCCUGCCCAAGUUCGGACGGCCAGAGCGGCGCAACUCUCCUUCUGACCUCUCCACGCCCUCAGGAACCUUGUCCGAGGAGGCUGAGGCAGCUACAUCGCCAGAGCCUGGUCUCCUUAUUCGUUGCUUCGAAUCAGGCCUAUCAGAUCCUCAAAUACUCAUUCAACGAGGCUUUCUCGAUCUGUUGGUCAGCCAUCUACCUCUCGACUCACCCGUCCUGCAGGAGCGUGUUGGCAAAGGGGAUUUGGAACGACUUGUAGCUGCCGCUGCCAGCGUUGUGUCGCGCAGAGACAUGAGCUUGAAUCGCCGGCUCUGGGCAUGGUUCUUGGGCCCAGAACCUACUGCUGCUGAGGCCAACGAUGGGGUUACAUCUCCAACAACGGACAAGCACAGUACGACAGUAGAUCCUUCAGCACACCAAGCUGCCUUCUUUUCGCGAUACGGUCUCGAGGCACUCACAAACAGUGUCCUCAAGAUGAUUAGUCGUCAUAGCGCAUCACCUUCCGAGCGAGCACGUCCUUUCCGAGUCUGUUUAUCUCUCAUGGACCGAUGGGAAGUAGGUGGGUUGAUUGUACCCGACAUCUUCCUGCCCGCUUUACGAAGCGUCUACUCGUACAGCGAGACUGCACCCAAGGACCAAGUCGACGAAGUCAUGAGAAGUGCUAGCGCAUUCUUCGAUGGCGUCGAUAGUGGCCUCAUUUGGGGCAAGCUGAUUCAUCUCAUCACGUCUUCUUUGCAGACAGAUGGGGCAGUUAAUGAUGAAGCUUUAGAGAAGAUGAAGUUGGCCAAGUUCGUUCUAGCCCGCUUCAAUCUCAGGGAAGAAGAUAUGUUGCUGCAUCAUAUGCCUCUAAUGGUGCUUUCGUCACUUGUGUCCUUGAAUGAAAGCUCCGGAAAGACCCGCAAAUCACCAGCGGGCGCAGAAGUCAUGAGUCUUGCCCUUGAGAUUGCAGAUUCACUUGUGCAGAUAGUGCCAGACCGGUCGUUUCGAGGCGACCAAGCAACGGACCAGCAGAUAUCUGCAGCCCUCAAGAUACCACGAUCCACUGUGACCCAGCAAAUCCAGGCAUUCUACGAAGAAUCUCAAGGAAGUCUUGAUGCAGCUGAUCCCCCUUUCGAGCCACCACUGCUUGGUCAAAUCGUGCUUCGUGAGGCUUCCUGCAUGUUCACAGCAUCCAUCCAAUCGACGGACUCUGAGAUCUCUGUGGAGAUGCCUUCAAAGAUUUUGUCUAACCUGGUAUUCAAAACGCAAUGCUUAAAGGCCAUCGAGGACGUUGAUCUCACCGCCAUGCUUGCAGACAUUCUCCAAACGUCUGACGAGUCUAACAAAGAUCUUUCGUUCUCGCACUUAAGUGCUGUUACGACUGUUUUGCUGGCACUUCAGACAGCACUUGCGUCGAAACCUCAUAUCCCCUCUAGCCAAUUGCCUGAGCUCAUCCAUCCUUUAGUUCAGUACUUCUGGCAAUAUCUCUCGCCGACAUUGCCCAAAUACCAUGUCGAGACGGCACGCUCCUUGCUGCAGCUGCAUUCCAUUGCCCCUACAGGCCGGAUGGUUGAAAGUGCCAUUGCUUCUAUCAUCGUGGAGCAGACAGGCCGCGAUUCUAUCUCCAACAGCUCUCCCGACUGUGCCCGACGAUUUGCGACACUCUGGACGCAUAUCAUGCAUGAACUGAACUUGCAGUCAGAAAAGCGUGUGACCAUUACGCGCCGACCGAGCGGUAACGUCACGCAAGUCCCAACGCCCGCUGGUGACUUUCAUUCUGUUUUGACAAGGCCGCUACUUCUACUUCUGGACACUCUGACAGAAGAGGGCUCUGAAACCUCGACAUUCAUGCAAAACUGGUUGCCAGACUUACCAAGCUUGAAUAGAGUCUUUGAAGUACUCGCACUACACAUCCAAUCGCUCAAUUGUCUCCUAGUUUCAAGCAAUCUGGCACCUACCAAGGGGUCGCAGGAACGACCACCGCACUCUAGAAGGGAUGAUACAAAAGAAUGCCUGUACUACCUCAGACACGUCUUUAAUGUCAUCAAACGACCAACACACUUCACUUGGGUAACUCUUGCUGAGGUAACUCUUACGUGGCCGGAACCAUCAUCAUCACGCAUUUCCAUCCAGGAGUGGCUCGUACGUACCUGCUUGACUACAUUGUCGCUUCGAGCUGAUACUUCGGAAUCAAACCUGGAGCCCCAUAUACAUGAACUACACCGACUGUCCGUCUCCGUCAUAUCGCAAAUCUAUCGUAGUCCAUUUGCUCCUCCGCUUCGAGACUUGGAACUCGAAGUACCCUUGAUGGCAAGACUACGAUCGGCAGGCCCAUCUUUGCAAAGUCUUUUACUAGAUGCAGAGUUGGCCGCACUGAAACUCCGUCUUACCCGUCCACCAGAGCCCGCACCAGAACCAAAACCUUCAAAUCACCCAGCGAACCGGUCACGUCUGUCAUCAGCAAUGAACAGAGAUUCGGAAGACAAUACGCCAGCGCCCAUACCUCCACCUCCUCAGCUCGUUGAGUGCUUGAAAUUCGGGUUUUCCUCCCCAGCUAGCCGUUUGGUCCUUGAUGACUGGAUUCAAUUCCUCGUUGAGGUUUUACCAAUGUUCGCUGAUACAAUAUUCCAAAACCUCCUUCCGCUUGUGGAAUGUCUCUGCAAAGAGAUCAACCUUGCAUUUGAGCAGCUCAAGUCAACAUUCGCCAAGACACAAGUCAUGCCGACAGUAUCUCCAGAGUCCACUCUGAUAUCGCUCAUGAACGGUUUAGAGCAGAUUUUGGCCAAGGCACACGAACGUUUGACAACACAAGAGACGAGGGUGUCGGCCAACAAGUCCCCAGAGCAGCCCCAGGGCUUCUUCAGUAACGUGGUAUCUGGUCUGAUUUCGUCUGAUACAAACCAAACUCGCACGCCAACCGCGAACAGCAGACUCUCAGUUCUCCUAUGCUUCCAAGACACGGUCCGUAUAUGCUUUGCGAUAUGGUCAUGGGGACAUAUGCUAGAAGUACAAGACCAUACGUCAGCAUCGUCGUUCUCUUACACUUCUCUGCGCAUGCGCAAUCGAGCCCGCCGUACAUUAGAACAUCUCUUUGCUGCGGAGGCACUGGAAUGUCUAGAGACAUUGGUAGUCCUAUGGGCGCAUGCGACCCCUGAUGAUACGCAAGGACCAGCUAUUACAGGACUUCUGAAUGUCCUCAACGGGUCAAAGCCAAAGCACACAAUACCUGCGAUUUUCAACGCCGUGUACAGUCGGACCGAUCCUGGGGCUUUGGACACUAAUCGACAGUCAACGCUCACCUCUGAUCUUACCGACACCGAACUAGUCGCCUUCUUGGUUGAAUAUACGACUUCUUUAGAGGACGAUGCUAUGGACGAGAUAUGGCAGGAUUGCACUCUAUUCUUGCGAGACGUGCUUGCGAAUCCCCUCCCACAUCGACAGAUUCUGCCUACGCUGUUGGAGUUCACCGCUGUCAUAGGUCAGAAGGUUGAUAACACUAACUUCGGAGAGCAGCGGAAGAUGCGGAGAGAGCUAGCAGAUAUCUUUGCUAGAAUCUUGACUGCGAUCUUUACGACACGCUCCAUGGGCUAUUUGCAAGACUCAAAUCAAGCUGCAAAUGAAAAGACGACUGCGAUAACCAACGGCAUCCGCGCACAGAAGCGAGCAAUUGACGUUGUUUCUAUCCUCACCACCAUUGUACCAAAACUGUCGAUCAUUCUGGUAGAACAUGACCGUGUUGCAAAGGUCGUCUCUGACAUCUCGGCAUCUGUCAUUGGCCCCACCUUCCGUGCAAAAGCAUUCCCUGACAACGUAUCGAGAAACACGUUGGAUCUGCUUCAAGGUCUUACCAAGAUUGCACAAGGCAACAAGCUGCUCAAGAAAGACAUCUAUGAUGCCUUCAAUGACCCUAGAUUUUUCAAUACAACGCCCCUUCUACUGAGAGAAGCUUGGCUGCCUAUCCUCGCACAGUGGACCCAGUCUGACAAGGAGCGAGUCCCCGAACUACUAUCACGGCUUUCAGCACCCACAACGGCUGGCCUCAUGUUUGGCGUGGGUGCAACGUCUGCUCGGCAGGAAGCCGACCGGAAGACACAGCUUACAUUACGUCGCAUUGCGCUUCUUAUUCUAGGUAGCCCUGAGGACGCUUUCACGCCGAACAUACCCCAGGUUCUGGAGAAGGUUGUCGAGUUGCUUACCGCAACACCCGCGUCUUCUCCUUCGUCUAUCACCCGUACAGAUGUCAUAGUGCUGUUACGUGCUAUCAUUCUGAAGACCUCACCUAUUCACCUCGCGUCACUUUGGCCGGUUGUAAAUGGCGAGUUAACAUCUGGAUUAUCGGCCCUCUUGCUAGACGCUCCGAACAAGGAACACUAUAACAACGCCGGCAUAAUCCAGACAUGCAAGUUACUCGACGAGCUAGUUGUACUAGAUCCCGAUGACUUCCAACUUAUGGAGUGGCUCUUCAUCUCCGACACCAUCGACGCCGUGUACAAGCCUGUCACACCACCGACGCUGAUGUCUCUUACAGACGAGAUCAACGAGGUUCUUACCAGGUCAUCGACAGCACCUGCGAUGCCUGUAACUGCGAUCAAUGGAUCAGAUGCUGAUGAGCCCAAGCGGACAUUACUCCUAGAUCCGCUCAUCGAGGCUCUCGAGAAGGAAGAAGGCGCUGCGGUGCUGGAGAUGACUAGAGGAGAGCUUGUGAAUCGGUUGGUGAGGCCGUUUUUGGGCAAUCUGGCAAUGAAUGCUUUUGAGGCGAGAUAUGGGGGUGGAGAAGCGGAUUGGCAGGGUAUUUGGGAGAGUGUGGUCAAGGAUGCGGCAAGCUAA